AUGGCAGACCAAUUCCUUACGGCCCCGAAGUCGCCUCCGAACCUCAACAUCCCGGCUUCGAACAGCACAGUCAAGGUAUCAUGUAUUGACAGGUAAGUUGGCAAAGGAAGCAUUCAACAGAAAUCAUUUGCUCACGGCAACGCAGCACAGGACGCUUUCGAAUCCCAAUCAGCAACUACGUGCAGCCAGACUACGUCGGCCACCCCGAGCUGAAAGGCCCUUCAUUCUCCUUUCUGAUCGAGCACCCGUCCACCAAACCAAUCCUCUUUGAUCUUGGAAUCCGCAAAGACUGGCAGAUCCUCCCUUCAUCUGACAGAUUCAAGCAGUUCAACUUCAAAAUCCACGUCGAGAAGGAUACGGCUACCAUUCUGAAGGAACACGGCGUUGAUGUCGAUGGGGGCGCGAUUGGAGCCAUCGUCUGGAGUCAUCACCACUGGGACCAUGUCGGUGAUCCGUCAACAUUUCCCAGCUCCACGGGUCUCAUAGUCGGACCUGGUUUCAAAGAAGCCCAUCUCCCGGGUUUUCCAAAACGAAAAGAAGCCACACUUCUGGAAACUGACCACGCAGGCCGCAAUGUCCGUGAGAUAGACAUGAAAGCCGAAGGCAAAGGUCUGAAAAUCGGCCGCUUCCAUGCCUACGACUACUUUGGCGACGGCAGUUUCUACCUACUCGACACGCCCGGCCAUACCAUCGGGCAUCAGUGCGGCCUCGCCCGCGUCACCUCGAAUCCGGAUUCCUUCGUCUUCAUGGGCGGUGACGCCGCGCAUCACGGAGGCGAGUUUCGACCCACCGAAUACCUGCCCAUACCCCAGGAGAUCCAACCUUCGCCCCUGAAACGCCGUGGACAUGCAUGCCCCGGCCACCUGAUGCAGGACAUCCACCCGCAUCGAUCGGCGACGACACCCUUCUUCUACGUGACCGAGAGCUUCGCGCACGACAAGAAAAUCGCCGAUUGGACCAUCGAUGGGCUGGGAGAGUUCGAUGCGCACGAGAACAUCCUGAUGCUCAUGGCCCACGAUGAUGCCGUGGUGGAUCCGCCGCAGCUGGACUUUUACCCCAAGACCUUGAACGACUGGUAUGAGAAGGGCAUCGGGAAGAAAGUGACGUGGUUGUUCCUGGGCGAUUUCGAGCAGGCGCUGGAGGCCAAGGAGAAGGGCGAGAAUGCUUUCACGUGGGGCAAGUAUCCCUAG